AUGAGGCUCAGCCACGUGCAAGCUCACAUUGAGCAACAGUUUAUUUUAUCUAAAUUCAUAACGAAGGCAUAUGAUAGUUUUGUUGGUGACGGAUUGUCAGAUGUUACUACGAAUAGAGUAAAGUCUCGCUUGUCGACCUUGAAAGAUGACUGGGAGCGUUUCUGCUUGGAACACAAGGCAAUAUUAGUAGCAAUGCACGAAUUAAAUGACGAUGAUCGUCUUGUUAUUCAAAGUCACGUAUAUUUUACUACAAAUCUUUAUUCUCAAACUCAUGAAUAUUACGUUAAUGUAGUUGACAAAAUAAAUUCUUUACUCGAGUCUGAGCAGGAAGGCGUUCCUAGUACACCGUCUACUCAGGUCGCAUCAUUCUCCUCUCCUGAAAUUCCGGCAUUCUUUCAUCAUGCGCGUCUCCCACGACUUGAUCUCCCAAAAUUUAACGGAACUCCGUCGGAUUGGCUUUCAUUUAAAGAUUUAUUUCAAUCGCUUGUUAUUUCAAAUCCGACAUUGUCAUCCGUAGAAAAGCUUCAGUAUUUGAUAAUCAGUCUCACUGGCUCCGCCGCCUCAAUAUUAAAAAAUACAACGUUAUCAGCUGAAAAUUUUCAGAGAUCAUGGGAUGCACUAAAUUCAUUUUAUGAAAAUAAACGUCUUCUCGUUCACGCAGCAAUGAAUUCAUUGUUUUCAAUCAAGCGCAUGACGAAAGAAUCUGCCGUGGAACUAAAGAAAUUAUAUACACAAGUUAUGCAAAUUUACCGAAAUUUCGAAAGUUUAGAACGCCCUGUCUCGACAUGGGAUGAUUUUCUUAUUUUUGUCGUGGUGCAACGUCUCGAUUCCGAAUCUGUUAAGGCUUGGGAGAAACAAUUAGGAUCAUCCAAGGAGCCGCCUACUUGGCAACAAUUUAGUGAAUUUCUCAUUUCUCAAUUGUUAACUCUUCAAGCAUUUGAAAAUUCUCGAUCUGGUUUACUCCCACUACAGCCAAAUUCAAAAGCAGUCAAAUCUCAUUAUCAAGGAAAGUCAACCGAAAAUAAAGUAAAUAGUUCAUUCAUCUGCCCUAUCUGCUCAUCAAAUCAUUAUGUAUCUAAAUGUUCACAGUACACUUCAAAAUCUGUUCCGCAAAAAGUCGCGCUUAUCAACAAGCACAAAUUAUGCUUCAAUUGCUUAGGAACGCAUCGAGUCUCGGCCUGUCAAAUAACAAAGCGCUGUCAGAAAUGCGGACGGCGUCAUCAUACAUCAAUUCAUAAAGAAUAUAAUAAGUUUAAUUCAUCUAAACACGACACUACUAAAAAAUCCGUCGAAUCAUCGGAUAGUUCGACACCUUCAAUUUCCUCUGAAGCUCAGACUCUUCAUUCCAGUUGA